AGGGACCGGCCGGGGGAGGGAGCGGGAGAACGGGCAGGCCGGGGAUCGGGCCCGCGAGCUGCAAGCAUGAGCACAACAGCAAGUAAAAUCCACAGGAGUAACGGCCUACCAUCAAACUCCUGAUCCCGCAAAUGAUGCUUGACGGCUGCUUAAAUCCAAGGCUUCCCCCUCCGGCAGGUUUCCUAAGCCUCUCUGCCGGAGAAUACUUUCUUUGGCCGAAUUCUCAAGCCUGUUUUAUCCUAGACUUGGACAUUGGAUGGACGUGCCAUGGUGACAUGAACAAGAGGACUUAAGGUUACCACAAACAUAACUUGUGUUGGGGGACACGUGAUUUAGAUCUUGUUCUGCUCCUCCUAGCAAGGUAGCAGGAUCAUGAGCGUGUCCCUGAAGUCACGUAGAUUCUGCAGGCCGGUUAGCCCACAACUGGUCCUCCUGCUUCUUGUUGCAUUUUGCCUUCUGAGUGUCUUCAUCUCUGCCUAUUACCUGUAUGGCUGGAAAAGGGGGCUUGAGCCUUCGGGAAGUGAGGCUCAAUCCCCAGACUGUGAUGAACAGAAAAUCAGCCCUUCCCGAUUGCUCCCUGUGAAGCCUAUGAGGUCUGUGGAGUCUUCCCGCACAGACCCUCUGGUGCUUGUCUUUGUUGAGAGCCUCUACUCCCAAUUGGGACAGGAGAUAGUCGCCAUCUUGGAGUCCAGCCGUUUUAAAUAUCGGACAGAGAUUGCUCCAGGGAAAGGGGAUAUGCCUACUCUCACCGAUAAGGACAGAGGGAGAUUUGCACUAAUUGUAUAUGAAAACAUACUAAAAUAUGUCAACCUUGAUGCGUGGAACCGUGAAUUGCUAGACAAGUACUGUGUGGAAUAUGGAGUUGGGAUCAUUGGAUUUUUCAAGGCAAAUGAGAACAGUCUGCUUAGCGCUCAACUUAAAGGAUUCCCCCUCUACCUUCACUCAAAUUUGGGGCUGAAGGACUGCAGCAUCAAUCCCAAGUCCCCACUGUUAUACAUAACCCGGCCUAAUCAAGUGGAAAAAGGUGACCUCCCUGGAGAAGACUGGACCGUGUUCCAGUCCAACCAUUCUACCUAUGAACCAGUUCUCUUAGCUAAGACCAAGUCGGCAGAGUCCAUACCUCACUUAAGCGUGGAUGCAGCCCUCCACACCACCGUGGUGCAAGACCUGGGGCUCCAUGAUGGGAUUCAAAGGGUCCUUUUUGGCAACAACUUAAAUUUCUGGCUUCACAAAUUAGUGUUUGUAGAUGCUGUGUCAUUUCUCACAAGCAAGAGGUUGUCCCUCCCCCUCAACCGCUAUGUGCUAGUGGACAUUGAUGACAUAUUUGUUGGCAAAGAGGGGACUCGAAUGAAAGUGGAAGAUGUGAAGGCGCUCUUCGACACCCAGAAUGAGCUACGUACUCACAUCCCGAAUUUCACCUUCAAUCUUGGUUUCUCAGGAAAGUUUUUCCACACAGGUACUGAUGAGGAAGAUGAAGGGGAUGAUCUCUUGCUUUCCUAUGUGAAGCAGUUUUGGUGGUUCCCACACAUGUGGAGUCAUAUGCAGCCCCAUCUGUUCCACAACCAGUCUGUGCUUGCAGAGCAAAUGGCCUUGAACAGGAAGUUUGCCGUGGAGCAUGGUAUACCAACAGACAUGGGGUAUGCGGUAGCCCCUCACCAUUCUGGUGUUUAUCCUAUUCAUGUGCAGCUCUAUGAGGCAUGGAAACAGGUUUGGGGUAUUAAGGUCACAAGCACAGAGGAGUAUCCCCACCUAAAACCUGCCCGGUUCCGAAGAGGCUUCAUUCACAAUGGAAUUAUGGUCCUUCCUCGUCAGACAUGCGGCCUGUUCACCCACACAAUAUUUUAUAACGAGUAUCCUGGGGGCCCGGUGGAACUGGACAAGAUUAUUAAUGGCGGAGAACUUUUCUUGACUGUGCUGCUCAAUCCUAUUAGCAUUUUCAUGACACACUUGUCUAACUAUGGCAAUGACCGCCUUGGACUCUAUACAUUCAAGCACUUGGUGAAGUUCCUGAAUACCUGGACAAACCUAAAAUUGCAAACGCUGCCCCCUGUCCAGCUUGCUCACAAGUAUUUUCAAAUAUUCCCAGAGGAGAAGGACCCAUUAUGGCAGGAUCCAUGUGAAGACAAAAGACACAAAGAUAUUUGGUCCAAAGAGAAGACUUGCGAUCGUUUCCCGAAAUUGCUUAUAAUCGGACCUCAGAAAACGGGUACCACUGCACUCUAUCUGUUCUUGGGGAUGCAUCCGGACCUGAGCAGCAACUAUCCCAGCUCAGAGACUUUUGAGGAAAUCCAGUUUUUUAAUGGGCAGAAUUACCAUAAAGGCAUUGACUGGUAUAUGGAGUUCUUCCCAAUUCCAUCCAAUACCACGUCCGACUUUUACUUUGAGAAAAGCGCCAACUACUUUGAUUCGGAGGCAACUCCCAGACGAGCUGCAGCUCUGCUGCCAAAAGCAAAGAUUAUUACGAUACUCAUCAAUCCUGCAGACCGAGCUUACUCCUGGUACCAGCACCAGAGAGCCCAUGAUGAUCCUGUGGCUUUGAAAUACACUUUCCAAGAGGUAAUAACUGCUGGCCCAGAUGCUCCUCAGAAACUGAGAACACUACAGAACCGCUGCCUGGUGCCGGGGUGGUACUCGACCCACAUAGAACAUUGGCUCAACUACUACCAUGCUAACCAGAUAUUGGUUUUAGAUGGCAAGUUGCUGCGAACUGAGCCAGCUAAUGUAAUGGAGACAGUCCAAAAGUUUUUAGGAGUCACAAAUACUAUGGACUAUCACAAAGCUCUGACAUUUGAUCCCAAAAAGGGGUUUUGGUGCCAGCUUCUAGAGGGAGGAAAAACCAAGUGCUUAGGAAAAAGUAAAGGGAGGAGAUAUCCAGACAUGAAUUCAGAUUCCCAAUCCUUCCUCGCGGAUUAUUAUAGGGACCAUAACGUUGAGCUGUCCAAGUUGCUUUACAAGAUGGGACAGACCCUACCCACCUGGCUUCGAGAGGAGCUGCAGAACACUAGGUAGCUGCUGCUGCUGCUGGAAUAUUUACCGGGGAAAAGGAUUCAAGACCUUCCUGGUUCUGGCCAGACUGAGACUGCAUCACUGAAGUUGUGGCUGUGCGGUUUGGUGACUUUGUGGUUACCUUGACAGACUUUUCUGGAGCUGUUCUUCUAAGACCUUUUCUUCUGAAGGCGUCAAACAGCCAUAGUUUGCACCCUGAAAGGCCUGUUUUAGAGGCCAUCUUUAUUUUUGUAGGAUCCUUUCUUUUAUAGGGUCUUACAUAUUUGUGUGACUUUUUGUUCUUGGACUAAACCACUUAUUAAGUAUUAUGAAUUGUUGCAAACUGAUAUUCGUUUCAAGUGGCCAAUUUGUGAAUCUUUUGGAGGUAUGUAACAGAGGGCCCACUGCUUUAAGCUGAAAGAUCUAAGCAUCUGACCGAACAAACCGCCGGAAAGUGGAAAAGCCACAGACCCUGUUAUGUAAGAAUGAGUUCCACUAAUUUAGAAAUACCAUGUAUUUCAAGAAUAUGUCCCAGUCUUCCUAAGAACCAACUGCAGUGGUUUUCAAGGUGGUUAUUUGAAUGACCAUUUGAAACUAGAUGAUACCUUGCUAUGUGAAUGCCUCUCUCUGCAAAAAUUUAGUGUGUUCUGAGGUGCUUGAGAAGUCUACGUCAACGAUAAUACACAUAUGUGAAAUGUAUUUAUAGCUGUAGGUACUCCAGCUUUUGUAGGUGUCUCCACCCUUCAAACAAAGCAAAACAUGUCCCACUUUAACACUGGUACUGCGUAAGUAAUUUAUUGAAGAGCAAGUUU